AUGGUCACCGGAGAGCAUGUUGCGGGUAGCCGUGACCCGACGCCUGCCAACGACGACCUUGGGGCCGGGGCUGGCGCUGGGGCUGCAAGUACGGUUGAUGGCGAGGCUGAUGGCGAGGCCGACCCCGACCCCGAGUCCGACCCCGACCCCAAGUCCGACCCCGAGUCCGACCCCAACCCUGAGUCCGACCCCGACCCCGAGUCCGACCCCGACCCCGAGUCCGACCCCGACCCCGACCCCGACCCCGAGUCCGACCCCGAUGACAGAUGUGGGACCGAGCCCGAGCCAGAGAACGGUGCCGUUUCCAGCAAGAAAGACGGCAAUGCCGCAGACAAGCUGACCCUGGCCGCUGGCAAUGGCCACAAGCGGUCGUCAAGCGGCAUCCCGCGUGACAUGUACGGCUUUGAACUCUCGCCCGAAGAUGCAGAAGCCGAGGCUGCCUUCUACGCCAGCUAUGCCCACGUGCUGCAGGAGCGGGUCCUCAGGUGGAACGCGUAUGCUGCCAAGAAGGGCAAGAUCAAGGCCAAGGCCAAGCCGCAUGGUGAGGACAGCACGGCUGUGGCUGCCCCAGCCACGCCGACGACACCGACAAGCCCGAUCACCCCACGCACCCCGGUCUCACACAAGUCGGCCAGCGGCGAUGCCGACGCCUACAGCGCCUCGGCUGACGGCGAGGCCAGCUGCGAAGCAUCCGGCCCGCCAGCCAAGUCCAAGGCCAAGUCCAAGUCCAAGGCACCAAAGCCCGACAAGCAGACCAGGAAGGAGUUGGCCAAGGCCGAAAAGGCCCGCGCAAAGGCCGAAAAGGCCCGCGCAAAGGCCGACAAGGCCCGCGCAAAGGCGACGGCCAAGGCACGAGCAGCAACCGCAAAGUCGGCCAUCGACCCGGCCAAGGCAUUUGCAAAGUGCGACGAGCUGAAAAAGAUGGUCCGGCUUGGCAUUCCGCAACAGUGGCGACCUGCAGUGUGGCUGCAAACAUCAGGCGCCUCCAAGCUGCGAGCCGCCGCAAGUCCGGACGAGGCCUACGCCACGGUGCUGGCCCAGGCAGAGGGCAUGACGUCCGAGGCCAUGCGCCAGAUCGACAACGACCUCGACCGCACCUUUCCCAAGCACCCGUCGCUCGACGCCGCCGAGGUCAAGGCCAAGCUUCGCCGGGUCCUGGUGGCUUACUCAAUCCGCAACCAGGCUGUCGGCUACUGCCAGUCCAUGAACUUUGUCGUCGCCUUUAUGCUCAUGCGCAUGACCGAGGACGAGGCCUUCUGGCUCCUUGCCGCCACUCUGGAGCUCCUUCUCCCGGCCCAAUACUACUCGCGGUCGAUGGUCGACUCGUCGGUCGACCAAAAGGUCUUUGCCCAGCUUGUCGCCGCCAAGAUGCCCGCGCUGCCGCCCAUCUUUGAGGCCGAGGGCAUUCCACUCGAGCUCAUCUCCUCGCAGUGGUUCCUCUGCCUCUACGUCCGCUCCGUCCCCACAGAGACAACGCUCCGGGUCUGGGACGCCUUCUUUUACGAGGGCUCAAAAAUACUCUUCCGCGUUGCCCUCGCCCUUGUCCGCUCCUUUGAGCCCGAGAUCAUGGCCAUGGCGUCUAGCGAGCUCAUUUCCGGCGGCGAGCUCUUUAUGCGCGUCAAGGACAUGCCGGCCUCCGUCUUUGACUGCGACGCGCUCAUGGACCUGGCCUUUAACGGCAUCGGCUCUCUCCCGGCCAAAAAGAUAGACAAGAUGCGCGCCAAGCUCCGCCCGGACAUCCAGCGCCAGUACGAGGACCGCGCUGCCCGCCACAACACCAACCAGGCUCUGCCAGGUGCCCCUAUCCCGCUCAACGGAUCUUCGGUCGACAACCAUGCCCACGACCACGCCACCGCCUCGGCUGAUUUGUCAGACUCGGACUCGUCGGACUCGUCGUCAGACUCGUCAGACUCGAGUACGGACGACAACUCAGACUCGAGCUGACAACAGCGCUCAUCCGCCGAUUUUGAUCAUCGGCCGGUUCUGGCCCUUGGCAAUGUUGUGCAUGCCGGCGUGCCGGGCCUUCUUGCGCCACACUGCAGCCUGAAUGAGCG